GCAGGAGCAGGUUCAAUGUCUCAUUUGCCAGUCGGCUAGGCAGGGAACGCGUUUCGCUAAGAAUAGGAGGACAACCAAAGCUUCAGACCAAGCUGUUCUUCCGUUGCCGGCGGUUGUUCAGUAGCGUGUUGGAUCUCGGUGAAGCCAAACGGUUUGGUUUUUUGCUCGCUUCGAAGUCUCGGCCGCAGUUUCAGUAACAGUAUCCGGAAUCGGCUCAAGCAAACUUUUCUGAAGCCAGAGUGCAUCUCCGUGUAGUUGGGUGGUAUCGUACACUUAAGCUGAAUUAACAACUAGAGGCCGGCGUGUGCAGUUGAUUGAUUCUGAUGGGGGUUUGUGUGGCCGUUGAGUUCAUUAGCGAAUUCGAGUGGAUUAUGCUCACUUAAGAUACAUCUUGAGCGAAAACCGAAAUGAUUUGUCUAAAUUAGUGAAUCAUUUUAAGUAGAAUGUUGUAACAAGUUUCCGGCAGCAAAAAAAUAAUCUAAACUUUGGCCAGUGCUGAUGGAACACUGAUUGAGGAGCAGCAGAUUGUUAGCUAACCUCAUCAUAAUUCGAGCCGAUAAACAUAAAAAAACGCCAAAGCAAUAAAAAUCAUCCACAGGAAAAUAUUGUGUCUGUGUAAAAUUUAUAAAAAAAAACCAUUCGGUGGCUCCAGAAAGUGAUUGAUCAAACAGUGUUUACAAGAUUAAGAAGAGCACAUCACGGCAGAUUAAAAAAAGAAAAAUUGCUCUAGAUAAAUCAACCUAAAAAUAGCUGCCCAACCUCUAGAAUAGGAGAAUUGAACCGUCAGAAAAAAAGAGCACAAAUUGCCCCCGAUCGGGAAGAUCCAUAAGAAGUGUGAAUAAAAAAAUCAAACUUAGACCAAGCGGUUUGAAAAAAAAAAAAACUCGGAAAUCCAACCCAUCUCUCACAAAACAUAUCAAAAAAGGGGUUCCAAAAAAGUUGAAAUUUCGUGCAAUCCGUGAACCCGGGUUUGGAUCAAGCAAGCAGCUUACUGUGUAAAAAUUUCGUGUACCUACCUACUGUAAGCCAGUGAGUGCUAGUCAAGUCGAGUUGAGUACGAGUGUGAUAAUUGAUGACACGGGGUUUCUGCUGCAAAUUGCCGCUCGCUUUUGAUCGCUCUGAUAAGUGGAGAUGAAUAGCGUGUGAAAAAAUUAGUGAAAAGACCAACCUUCACCCAUCUCCAUUCAUCGUAGAAAAGAACGAACACAUAUCGGUUCAAGGGGGGCUUUCACGUGAUUGUCUAAGUGCGUGGGUGAUGUGCUGUGCUGUGCUGUUAUCUAAACAGAAUCCGUGAAAAGGUUCCACGGAUCAAAAACACCCACAGACCGUCAAACCUUCGCGGUGUCCUCCACGGUGCUUGAAAGAAGAAGACCGCCUAUGGAUGGUGUGCACAUUCCCAGAAUUUGACGUGAUUUGGAUGAACUAGGCGGAUUUCCUUGACGAUUUCUGUGUGCCAAAUCUGGCUAAAGACUUAAUUGCCCGAAUGUUCACCAUGUUAAUUCCGAAACGUGCAUCCAUCCUUCGAAAAUAGUCAUUUUAGUGUAACCCUGGAGCGGUAGUUAAUUAUAUUUGCCCACGUCCGCGCUCUGGAAGUCUCCCACCCGCAACGCGAAAGCCAUGCUAGAUCCGGGCCUCAAAACGGAACUACCGCCAGUAAUCCAAAGUUUUGCCACCACCUACAAUGGCAGCGAUAGUAGAGUGGUCUCUUCUUCCACAGCCCUCGGAGACUCUUCCUCCGAUGAAGCGUACGGGAAUGUGGUCUACCAGGAGUCGCGGUUUGGUGCGGGGGCGAAUGGCCGGAGUGACUAUAGCGAGCUGGCCCUACUGGAGACUCUCCUGCUCAACUAUACGACCGAGCUUGUCAACGUUUCGACCACAGAGGUUCCCUACACGCCGUACGACCGGAGGCCAGAGACGUACAUUGUGCCGUUCCUGUUCGCGCUCAUCUUCGUCGUUGGCGUCCUGGGCAAUGGGACGCUCAUCAUCGUCUUCCUGAGGCAUCGGGCGAUGCGAAACGUUCCCAACACCUACAUUCUGUCAUUAGCAUUGGCGGACUUGCUCCUGAUCGUGACUACGGUUCCUUUCACGUCCAUCGUCUACACCCUGGAUUCGUGGCCUUGGGGCAGCCUGCUCUGCACUUCGUCCGAGUUUAUCAAGGAUGUGUCCAUCGGGGUGUCGGUUUUCACUCUGACUGCCCUAUCCGGGGACCGAUUCUUUGCCAUCGUCGACCCACUGAGGAAAUUUCACGCACACGGCGGCGGGCGAAAGGCGACAAGAAUGACCAUCACCAUUGCCGUGCUGAUAUGGGUGUUGGCGAUAGUUUUUGCCAUUCCGGCCAUCCUUGGGACGCAUAUCAGGACGGCCAAAGUGAAUAAGGACGUAACGAUCGACUUUUGCUAUCCAUUUCCGGGUGAGUGGGGUCCGGACUACGCCCGAGGGAUAGUGCUGGCCAAAUUUCUGGCCUACUAUGCGGUGCCUCUGUGUAUAAUAGCAAUCUUUUACGCACUGAUAGCCCGGCAUCUGAUUCAUAGCGCCAAACACGUGCCUGGAGAAACGCAGGGAACGGUGCGGCAGGUCAAAGCGAGACGGAAAGUGGCCAUCACGGUGCUGGCGUUCGUUGUGAUAUUCGGAAUCUGCUUCCUGCCGUCGCAUCUCUUCAUGCUGUGGUUCUACUACAACCCAAACUCCCAGGAAGACUACAACCAUUUCUGGCACGUGCUGCGAAUAGUGGGUUUUUGUCUCUCGUUUGCCAACAGCUGUGCCAAUCCAGUCGCAUUGUACUGUGUGAGCGGAGCUUUCCGGAAACACUUCAAUAGAUAUUUACUUUGCGAGGGUUCGUCCAGCGCGCGGAGACGUCGAGGCGAUAACCUCGGCCAUAGGGACACAUCCCUGACGAGCACCAUGUCCAGACGGUAUCCCAGCAAACGGAUCGGGAACCAAUCGAUGAGAGUCAACAUCCAGGAGACAACAAUCAUCAUGCUUCCGAACGGAAAUAACAACGCCAAUGGAAACCACCUGGAGCGGGAUGGAAUUUGUCCCUCGUAAUGACCAGCACCGGGAGCAUCUUCCGGAAUGUGACAGGUUCGGUCAAGUGUGGCACAACGUUUAAGUGUCCACUACAGGAUGCAGCUCUACGAGGAAACCCACCAACAACAACAACAACAACAGCAGUGUCUGUCCGACUAUGACGGGACGCCACUAUGAGCGCCGUCCCUAAAACACUCAUUCCCCACCACUUUUCUUUCCGUUUCGUCUCCCUUCCAUCCAAAAUUGUACAGAGGCAUCAAUCAACCAAAAUGUCACCGGCACUGAGCGGCCCGGGAUUGCUUGAUACCCAACUGUGGACCUUCGGUAAAUAUAACCCAGAAAUAAAUAAAUUCAGCGCAAUCCGACGGCUGCCGGGUGACUUUUUCGCAAAUUAUUACCAUUUCCUUGAAAUUAGAUAUGAAAUCGUUGCAAGAUAUUUAUCAAAAACUGAGGAAAUGUACGGGUGGAGUGGUUUGUUCCGUUUAGUUGAAGGAAAAAUCUUCCAGCAUCCGAAAAUUCGGAAGUAGUGCACCGUCUCGUCGUUCUUCCUCGUGGCUGGGUGUUUUGUUAUCGUUGAAAAAGCAAGAGAACGAAUGGACGCGAUAAGCUUGUCAGAAAUUUGCUAAUCAUUUCAACCAACAGCAAAAAAUUCCAUUCUGGCAAUCUUGGACCGAAAAUCUCAUAGCUUUAGGGGCUGGUUUUGAAUUGUACAAUAUGCUGCGUACAGUGGGUUAUGGAUUCCUUUUUAAAAAAAAAUCACAUUAAAAAAUCAACUCUGAGUUGAUAUGAUAUUUUGAAUUUCUAUGUUAUUCCUGAAAUGUCACAGAAUACUUCAGAAAUUAUACAGAAGAUCCCCGCCUAUCCGGAGGAAGAACCAGGACUAUCCUGUUACUCUGGUUUUGCAUAUCAUCCGGGGGCAUAGCUCGAUAAAUAUGAAAAUCUUAUUUGACAAAUGUAGGGAAAUUUUUCAUGAGUUUUAUACAAUGCUUUUCAACCAGUUUUCGAAAAAGAUGCUUUUGUUCGUUUUUAUUGCUUGUUUAAUGGUUUUUUUAUAAAAAGCCUCAGACAUAAA